CUUCUUUUCUGUGUCUCUAAAACCGACUUUCGACACACACUCAUCUUAUUCAGAUCUUUCCACAAAACGAGGUCAUCUUGAUUCGUAUACCACACACAUUCAAUCCCCGUGCCUUCAAGAUGGCGACCUCCACGAUCACUCCACAACCAGUGCCGGAUCCGUUAUCAUCGACCUACGUACCGUUCAAGUCACAACCUUCCAUUCUCGAGGAGGUUGCUGCAAACCAACAACAACUUCGUGAUCGCCUAGCCGGGGCGCUUUUCCGACCACCUCCAGACGUGCCGGCUGAAUCGCUCCCCACGGUCCCUUUGAUCGACCUUGGGCCAUCGUUCGACGGGACUCUCGAAUCUCGAAAGGCUGUCGCUGCUCAGAUCCGUGAAGCAUGCGUCUCGUCUGGCUUCUUCCAGAUCAGCAACCACGGCAUCACUUCUGAAGCCAUGGCCGGUGUUCUCAAGCAAGCAGAACGCUUCUUCAAGGAGAUGACCCAGGAACAGAAAGAUGCCAUGCACGUCAAGCUGUCCCCUUUGUUCCGUGGCUACGAGCCACAUGAUUUCUCCUAUGUCAACCCGGACGACGAAGGCUCCCAACAAGAAACCAAGGAGUGCUUCAACUGGGGUUAUGAAUCUGCUAUGGACCCGACGGGCGGCGACGGCCAGUACCGUGAUCUCGACGGCUCCGCGCCCGCCGGUGAGCAUUCGGGCAAUAUUUGGCCUCUCGAGAAAGAUCUCCCGGGCUUCUACGAUGCCAUCAAGACAUACUACGGUCAGGUAAUGACCUGCUCACGGCAUCUGAUCCGACUGUUUGCCCUGUCGCUGGGCCUGAACGAGGACUUUUUUGACUCGCUAGUCACUCACCCCGGCGGUGUUGCCAGACUGCUCUACUACCGGGGCAUCCCCGAGCCUGAAAAUGCGCACCAGAAGUCUGAGGAAGAUGUCGAGAACGACGCGAAACUAGGUCUCGGCGCCCACACGGAUUACGAAUGCUUCACUAUGCUUCUCAACUCCGCGAACCCGGGGCUUGAGAUCCUGUUUCCGCCCAGCCCUAUCACGGGUAACAAGCCCAUCUGGCGACCAUGUCCGGUCCGUCCCGGUACUCUCACUGUGAACGUUGCAGAUUUCUUCAUGCGCUGGACGAAUGGACUGUACAAGUCGACCAUUCAUCGUGUGGUGAGCAAGCCCGGUGGUGGCGAGAGAUAUUCUGUGCCAUAUUUCUUCAGUAUAAACUACGAUAGUGAGGUUCAGCCGCUGCCCGAGAAAUGCGUGGGCAAGAGCCAGUUUCUGCCGAUGAAGGCGGGAGAGUACGUCCUGGAGAGACUGAGAGCCACUGUUCCACAAACGGACAAGUGAACAUGACCAGGGUUUCAUUCUACGAGGAGGUGGAGAUGAGCAUGAUACUAUCGAUGUUACUGCACGGCUGAACUGAUUACAGCAGGCAUUGUUCGCAAUUCUACUGAGUGUCUGGCGUAACAACAGCCUUUUAGAUCACUGCUGUGAUGCACAGCUUCUGUAUAUAUUUGAGAGGUGUAACGUAAAAAGGGUGGACAGUCUUGCCUGGUACGGGAAGGAGAGCUGAUAUGCCGUCUCAGGGCAGCAUGACCAGGGGAAAUCCAAGUUGUUUCCAUGGGCAAUCGUUGCCAUUAGAAUGAACAAGCGAACAACAUGAGCAGUCG